AUGAUAACAAACAUAUUGUUUGAUUAUGGAGGACAUUAUUCAUGUACCGAUGAUAAAUGGAUUUCAAGAGAAGGUUCCAUGUACGGUAUAAUGUUUAAGACAUCAGGCUUAGAGGAAAUAAGCUAUUCCGAUUUAGUGGGUAGGAUAUGCAAGAAGGUUGGGAUAGGAGAAUCAUCCACAAAGUUGAAACUGAAUUAUAUUCCAGUAGUAGUGCAAACGAAGAAACAGUGGUAUAUUUUGGAUGACGAUGAUCUCGGUAUCUAUCUGACGUCGUUUGAUAAUGAGGGACGCAGAAGUGUCUUGUAUGUAGAGGUCAUCAAUAUAGAUGGAGUGUCUGAGGUGGCCGAGCAAGUUUCACAUGUAGAGAGGGUAAGUCUUGUUGUUGUGAAUGUCAAGGAGGUGAGCGCAGCUAAUGAUAUAGCGAGUGAUGGCGUUUUUGUCGGCAAUGCUGAGUUUAAUGAUGGUGCUAUUGUUAUGUACACAGGAAACGGUUCAACAGAACAACAACAUGUGCCAGUAAUGGGGAAUGACGAAGGUGUUAAUCUAUCUCGUGAGAAUGAGGAAAACGGUGGAGAUCAAGAUGACAUAAGUCAAACAUAUCGAAUGCUUGAUAUUAUUGAUCAUCCAGACUGUGUAGAAGAACAACGUAUUCAACGUGAAUGGGCAGACGGUUUGAAACUAAGAGUUGGUGCAGAGUUUAGCUGUAAGCAGGAGCUAAUAGAUUUAGUUUACAGAGGUUCUCAUAAACAUUGUUUUGGCAUCACUGUACACAAGUCUGAUAAGAAACGAUACUACGUGAAAUGCGGUCAAGCUGAAACUGGAUGUAACUGGUAUAUAAAUGCCGCUAAGACAGCUCAGUCACAUAUUUUCACGGUUAGAGUAUAUAGGAAAAUGCAUUCCUGCUCUCGGGCUUCUGCGUGUACUAGCAGCAAACGAAGGAAAGGCACAACUGGGUUAGUUGCAGGCGUUGUUAGUAAAACUUACCCAGGUCGAUUAAAACCACCACAUCCUAGAGAUAUCAUGGCUUUGGUUCAAACUAGAGGUCGUGUGGAGGUAUCAUACUCUACGGCAUGGAGAGGCAGACAGAAAGCUAUAAGUUAUGUUCGUGGUACUCCAGAAGAGAGUUUCGAGCAUCUGCAUUCGUAUUUGUACAUGAUAGAGCAGUUUAAUCCUGGUACGACAUCAAGUGUUGAAGUGGAUGAGUUAGGAAGAUUCAAGUACCUGUUCGUCGCUCUGGGUCCUACCAUAGAAGGGUUUGCGGCAAUGAGGGAAGUGAUAAUUGUUGAUGCAACUUUUUUGAAGAAUGGAUUUGGUGGAUGCCUUGUAUUUGCAACAGCUCAGGAUCCGAAUCAUCACCAUUAUCCCCUUUCUUUUGGGGUAGUUGAUGGGGAAAAUAAUGAUAAUUGGAACUGGUUCUUCACUAAACUUAAAACCCGUAUACGUGACAGUUCUGAAUUGGUGUUUGUUUCUGACAGGAAUGUAAGCCUGAUCAAUGCAAUAAGGGAUGUGUACCCGCAAGCUAAGCAUGGUUAUUGCAUUUAUCAUUUGGCCCAGAAUGUGAAAAAGAACGUUCGGAGAGAGAAAUAA